AUGAACGCACGCGACCUCCUCUUCUCCGGCGUCGACAUCGUCAAGCAACAGGCGAGCGCCGUGGCCUCCACCGUCUCGCUGGCCAAGCCGUACCUCCCGGCAAAGCUAACCGAGAUGAACACGGGCAACAUCGUCGCCGGUCUCGGCUACGUCAAGAACCAUACAGGAGCGGCCGUGGCCUCCACCGUUUCGUUGGCCAAGCCGUACCUCCCAGCAAGGCUUACCGGGAUGAACACCGGCGACAUCGUCGCAGGUCUCGGCUACGUCAAGAACCAUACGGGAGCGGCCAUGGUCUCCACCGUCUCGUUGGCCAAGCCGUACCUGCCCGCAAAGCUCUCCACGCGGGACGGUGCCGUGGGAACCGCGGCGAUGGUCAUCGGGGGCGCCGUGGGCGCCUACUUCCUCUGGCCCGCUGCGGCCGCCCCCGCCGCGGCCGGCGCCAUGAUGAAGGCGCCUGGUGCCGCCGGCUUCCUCAUCUCCCGCACGGCGUUCCUGGCCAACCCGCAGGUCUACUACCAGAUCCUCCGCACCGCUGGCGCCGCGGCGGCCGCCGCCGCUUUCGUGUAG